UCAGAACGGAGUAGUGCAUCCCUCUCUCGUUCUCUCGCUCUUUUUCUUCGGAGGCACAGUGACGGACAUCCCGGAGUCGAGCGCGCUGGACUCACUUCACACAUGAGUGUGUGAGAAGUGAUAACUGAACUCAUUCACGCAGUGAACGCAAUCACUCGAGAAAAGUCACUUCAUCCACUCGUCGAAGCGCGACGCGUAAAAUGGGCAUGGCGUUGUUGCGCGCGCUUGUGUCUUCAUGAAUGAGACCCUCAGAGCGCACGACUGUGGAAAUGAGGCUCCGCGGAGAUGGACGCUUAACGGCGUCGGUCUGAAGUGAUCAUAAACGCAAAAAAAGAAACACUCAUCAGAAGCCAUGGGGAUCCGACAUCUCUUGCUUCUCUUGGUCUAUCUGGACCCUCUGUGCGUCCUGAGCGCGUCCACGGCCAAGAGGAGCAAACCCGCUCCAAAGAGACCUCCAAAAGUGAAGGAGGUCAACAGCACGGCGGCUCCGACGGUGGUAGUUCGACGCAUCACGCAAGUCCAAGCGCCCAUCAUCGGAGAUCACGACACCUGCCUCGGCUACUACGACGUGAGCGGUCAGUACGACAAAGAGUUCGCCUGCAACAACACCGACCACCGGUUCUGCUGCGGGAGUUGUUUCCUGCGCUUCUGCUGUCCCAUUAAAGCCAAGAGACUGGAUCAGAGAGUUUGUACCAACUACAACACGCCCGACUGGAUCAAAACCCAACCGCCCUCGCCGGCACCCACCGGGGACACUUACGACCCCGCGCUUGACAAGACCAACACCACCGUGUACAUCACCUGCGGGGUCAUCACCUUCAUCAUUAUGCUGGGGAUUUCUGCAAAAGUGACUUAUGAUAAAGCCACCAGACCGCCUCAAGAGAUGAAUGUUCAUAGAGCGUUGGCGGACAUUUUGAGACAGCAGGGGCCUGUUCCCAUAUCUCAGUACGAGCAUGAAAACAUGGCAGCAAUAGAGACGUCGCCCAAAGAGAACACACCUGUACGCACGUCCAAGAACCACUACACACCCGUCCACAACAAAAGCAACCACGGGCAUUAUGGGAAAGAGAACUUCCGCAGCGGUCAGGACAUGCACAACUUCAUCUCUUCUGGAUUUGUGACGCUGGGCAGGGGCCAUCUGAAAGCUCAACAUUCAGUAGAUGACCUGGCGUGGCACGGCGACCUGGACGUUCCAUUAUCAUACGGUAAUCAUCAGCACGAAUACACCAGCCAUCUGGAUCUCACCGGCUCACACACGCCCAAAAUCGGACACAGAAUAGAAUACUAUGAGAAGCCGAGGAUGAACAAUAUUCUGACGUCACAGACUGAACCCUACGAUCUGUCAUUCUCACGCUCCUUUCAGAAUCUCACUCAUCUUCCUCCUUCAUAUGAUAUGACCAUGAAAGCAGAAUCAAUAGAUAAAGACGAUGAGUACUACAUGCGGAAACAUCACCUGCACGACCAGCCCCGUGGCGGUAACCUGCAGUCGCACAUGGUUAAGCUGAACGUGGAACCUCCGGCGCAACGGCAGAAGCCCAAGCGUGUGCAACGCGCCAUGUCCCAGGAUCACGUGCUGUCCCCCGCCCGCUCCAAUCCCAGCCGGGACUACCUGAUGUCGUACGGCAGAGGCGCAGGGGGUCUCUCUCCGUACCACGGACGCAUCCUAUCCGAGGAGCAGCUGUUGUCGGCCGACCGACUUCACUCGCAGGAUCCCCUUCUGUCGCCGGAUAAGAUGCUGUCCUUGCGCCGCUCCAAUUACCGAGAAAAGGCCAUGUCUCGGGCGCUUUCCCACACGGACAUGUUUGUGCCGACGACGCCGGUCAUGGACCGGCACUACAAAAUGAUGAAGAUGCACUCGCACCCCAGCAGCACCAGCGAAUUCUCCAACACGCUGACUGUCGGAGAUGCACAGGUGGGCAACAAGCGGCAAGCCUUCGCCAACCGCCGCAUGCACACGGUGGACCAUCUACAGUAUAUCCCGGGACAUCACCACCAUCAGUAUAGAACCGCCAGUAAGAAUGAAGUAACUGUCUAACUUUACGACGGAACGGAAGAUCGAGCGACUAUGAUGUCAACAAACAAUCGCCGCAGUGCGCUGCGGGUUAGCCUGAGAUCCAAGAAACUCUAAAAUCACCACGCCGUCCCACUUUGACUGGGUCGUUUAAAUGAAUCCAACCUUGACCUGUUCCCGCUUCCAGCGUCUCGCUCCAUCGGUUCUGGGUCAGCUUUCCGAAGCGGCCCGGAUCUCCUCACACGUAGAGCAAACCCAAGGGCUUCGCACGCCAAACCCGAACGGAUUUUUCCAGGUUGAGGAUGGGACUGCUACGGACUUCAAACAGUAAAUCAAACCGUAUAUAGAUUUAUGAUUUGUAACUAAUCAUAGCUAUAGAGAUUCUUCUAUAUAAAUAGAAGUCAGCACGUAUCGAGUGCCUCUUCGAAAAACACGUCCCAUUUCGAUAUAUCGAAUUGGGCGAAAGGGUUUAAAAGCACAAUAAAACUCGAUUCGAUUUUCCUUUGUCACAUAAUCUCUGUUCUUCUGUUUUUUUUUCACGAUACGUUUCAAGUAGAGCUGUGACGUUUCGCUUAGCUGAUUGUAAAUACGCUCAGUUAGCUAAACAGCCGGUUAGCUUUGUGGGUUCUCUGGGUUACGUUUUGACGUCUCAUUGUUCAGUUUUCUAGCAUAACCAACUCACCCGACGUAUAUUUGACAUCACAGAUGUGUACAGUAACGUGUGUGUGCGUGUGUUUUUUAACCUGUACUUGUAGACAAAUGGUGAA